ACUUUCAGCAGAAAAAUGGUUUCUUGGACGCCAAGCAGCAGAAUACAUUGUGUCACUGCGUAAUAGAGAAUUAUAUAGGAAGGCGGAAAAAACUGACAUAUGGAGAAAUGCAAAAGUGGGCCAACAUCAUCUGCGAUGUAUUCCCCAAAGAGAAUCCGGAAACAUAUUUUCUAGCAAGCAAAUAUGGUAAGAAAAAUCCUACGGGAAAGCUAUUUUCACGCUGGACGAAUGCUAACAAAACCAAUUAUAAAAAGUUUUCAACCGAUCGUACAACUACCGCUUCGCCAGCAGCUUUAUCCAGCGAUAAGUAUUACGAAAAGAAGUGCUGGCUGCAGAAUAAUUGCACACCAUGGGAACAGGUUAUUGAUUACUGGAAGGAGACAUCUGGUCAAAGAAUUAUAGAUAUCCAUAACGCCAGUUCUUUAAGCUGCAUUUUUAGUGAAUGGCCGCGCUGUAAGGACUUUCGUGGAUAUGAACUUGUGAGUUCUUAUAUUCAAUGCUUUUUUCAAAUAAUUCAAUAACUUAUUUUCCAUAGGUAGAAAUAGACUUUGAGACUCUUUACCCCGGGAAAGGAAAUAUGUUAUUUUUGAAAUUGGAGAAGUUUUAUAAAGAAAUCCUCAAAAUUUUUGAUAAAGAUAUAAAAGACCGUGUUUCAAGGGAACUAUUCUUAAAGUAUUUGCACAUUGACAACAUCUCAAAUGGUAAAGUGGUUUAUCAAAUGAAAUUGCGGUAUUCAGGAUUUCGUGCUAUAUACUCGUAAUAUGCAAACGAGCAUAUUACCAUGGCAGUGCAAUCACAAAUUACAUAUAGAUAUAUAUGUAUAUGUACAACAAUAAAUUUUAUAUUGCGCUGUCGUGGUGAUUUGGAAAUGCAAUGAUGCCGGAUCGUAUGCACGAAAUCCUGAAUAUCACACAAAUUUUUUAUAACAUUUACAGAUUUCAAAUUCACCUCAAAAAACAUUUGAAAAUAGAAAUUCGCAAUAGCCAAUCUUGUAAAGAAAAUUCUCUUGCUCUUAAUAUUCCAAUUCAAACAACUAAUUCAUCAAAUCAACUAGUACCAAUUCAAAAUAUUACUUCUUUAAAA